GACUGUCAGGACACAAUUAUGAUAAUGGCACGAUUUAAUUUGUUAGGUGUGGCAUUGCUUUUGAUAGAAGUGAUGUCGAUCUCACUGGCCACAUCCUGUCAUAACGACCAUGAAUGCAGCACCGUACAAUGUUCAGUUCCGGGUGCAUCAAGUUUCUGCAAUCAAGGCGAAUGCGCAUGUCCACUGUGUGAUUCUGACGCUGACUGCCCGCUCCCUUGUCCUUUCCGGUUUACUGGUCACUGCAACCAGGGCAACUGCACAUGCAGAGUGAUUUUAUCCGGCAGACGACUGUUACAGCCUUGCACAAAUGAUACUCCAUGCUAUAUGCCGUGUCCAUUUGGGCAAGUCGGCCAUUGCGAUGAAGGGACGUGCAAAUGCCAAAUCCAAUGCAAACCAGACAUCUGUCGUAUUAAAUGCCCAACCGGCGUGUGCAUGAAUGGCGCAUGUGACUGCAAUGCAACUUGUACCCGGAAUACCGAGUGUGCCAAUGUCUACUGCUAUGCGAACCAGACUGGGUUUUGUAACUUGGGCCACUGUGACUGCCAUAUCCCUUGCACGGAUGACAAGGACUGCCCACUUCCGUGCCCGUAUCCACAGAGCGGAUAUUGUGACCAGUAUGGCUCUUGCAGAUGCCACUGAAGACCACUGACAACUUUCCUUUUCAUUUAUAGUUGUACUAAAUGAUAAGUUAAUAAAAUAGUGUUGUCACUUAUAA